AUGGCCCUAGCCCAUAUGACGAUAGUAUACUUCUCGAGUAUAAGGAUAGGUAACCCAAAUCCUGGUAUUCCGACUAAGGACAACAAAGCAAAUAAAAAUUUUGCAACCCGUGCUCUUUACAGUAAUAUAGAUCACAAUAAAUAUUGUAUAGUAUAUGAAACGGAAUGUCACGAAAUUUUAGGAGCUAAGCUUCCACCUUGGGAGAGUUCUGAAAAAUAUAAACAUGAUCCACCUUAUGAGGGCAUAGACUACGUGGUGCGUAAUAAUCCUCCGACAUUAUUACUGAUGAGUGUACACCUUUUUUCUUAA